CUCUGGUUUAAUAAAAGGAAAAGUCACAAACCCACCGACCAGAGGAGGGAGGAAGCCUCCAUCAUCAUCCAAAUCCACAGAUUCUCCAAGACCAACCCAAAUCCCAUUUUCCCUCUCAAUUUCUUUCUGGAUUGAGGUUCUCUUUCUCAAUCUAAGAGAUCAGAAGACCCUAGAAUCAAACUCAAAAUGUUGGCUUCUAAAACCCACCCUUGUCCAUCUCUGAUCUCAUUCCCUCCUUCCCCAAAACCCCGCAACCUCACCUUCUUCCGCCCCAAAUGUCCACCGCACUCGCUCUCAAUCAAAGCCCAACACCCGGCUCAUACCACUCCGGGUCAGCUCCGGGUCGACAUUCUCUCCGAAUCCCUACCCUUCAUCCAGAAAUUCCGAGGCAAAACCAUCGUCGUCAAGUACGGCGGCGCCGCCAUGAAGGACGAGACCCUCCAGGCCACCGUCGUCAGAGACCUCGUCCUCCUCGCCUGCGUCGGCCUCCGCCCCAUCUUGGUCCACGGCGGCGGCCCCGAGAUCAACCUCUGGCUCAAGCGCCUCAACAUCGAGGUCAACUUCCACGACGGCCUCCGUGUCACCGACGCGCCCACCAUGGAGAUCGUCUCCAUGGUCUUGGCCGGCAAAGUCAACAAGCAUUUGGUCUCCCUGAUCAACCGGGAAGGAGUCAAGGCCAUCGGCCUCUGCGGCUCCGACGGCGAGCUCAUCACCGCCCGCCCCGCCCCCAACGCCGCCAAGUUAGGGUAUGUCGGCGAGGUGGCGCGCGUGGACCCCGCAAUUCUCCGGUCUAUCGUGGACGACGGCCACAUUCCGGUGAUUGCGUCGGUGGCGUCGGACGGGUCCGGUCAGCAGUACAACAUCAAUGCGGACACGGUGGCGGGGGAGAUCUCGGCGGCGCUGGGGGCGGAGAAGCUGAUCCUGCUGACUGAUGUGGCCGGAAUUCUGGAGGACCGAGAGGAUCCGAGUAGCUUGGUGAAGGAGAUUGACAUCAAGGGAGUGAAGAAGAUGAUGGAGGAUGGGCAAAUCGGAGGUGGGAUGAUUCCCAAGGUGAGUUGCUGCGUCAGGUCAUUAGCUCAGGGAGUGAGGACUGCUAGUAUUAUUGAUGGCCGGAAACCCCAUUCUUUGUUGCUUGAGGUUUUGACUGAUGAAGGAGCUGGGACUAUGAUCACUGGCUAAAACUCUAAAACCCUAAACCCUGAGUCCUGAGUUUUCUUUGUAACUUUUAUCAAGAGUUGUAAUGACUAGUUUGAGAUUAUGAGUCUAAUGAGGAUUUUGGUUUUGGUGAAA